AUGAUGAAGUUUUCUUCUCUUCUUGUGUUUUUCUUUAUUUUCCCCAUCGCAUUUGCUCAACUGAGAGUCGGGUUUUAUAGCCAGUCUUGCCCUCAAGCAGAGACUAUCGUACGCAAUCUGGUGCGCCAACGGUUUGGUGCUGACCCAACCGUCACUGCUGCUUUGCUCCGUAUGCAUUUCCAUGAUUGUUUCGUUAAGGGUUGCGAUGCUUCUCUCCUCAUUGACUCAACCACCUCCGAGAAAACCGCUGGACCAAACGGAAGCGUCAGAGAAUUUGACCUUAUCGACCGGAUCAAGGCUCAGCUAGAGACUGCGUGUCCUUCCACGGUCUCAUGCGCGGACAUCGUCACAUUAGCCACGCGUGACUCGGUUGCUUUAGCUGGAGGCCCGAGCUACAGCAUCCCCACGGGAAGGCGCGAUGGUUUGGUUUCGAACCGUGCUGAUGUGGGACUACCGGGUCCAACAAUCUCUGUCUCUGGAGCCGUCAGUUUCUUCACGAACAAAGGGUUGAACGCAUUCGAUGCUGUGGCUCUUUUGGGUGCACACACGGUUGGUGUCGGAAACUGCGGUCUGUUCAAUGACCGGAUCACAAGUUUCCAAGGAACCGGACGACCUGACCCGUCCAUGGACCCCGCUUUGGUUUCUAGGCUAAGGAACACCUGCGCAAACAGUGCGUCCGCGGCACUAGACCAGUCGACUCCAUUGAGGUUCGACAACCAGUUCUUCAAGCAGAUUCGUAAAAAGAGAGGAGUGUUGCAGGUUGACCAACGGCUCGCGACAGACCGACUUACUCGUGGUAUUGUGGCUCGGUAUGCCAAUAACAAUGCAUUCUUCAAGCGUCAGUUCGUUAGAGCAAUGGUGAAGAUGGGAGCCGUUGAUGUUCUUACUGGUCGUGCCGGUCAGAUCAGGAGAAACUGCAGGAGAUUCAACUAA